AUCAGUCUUGAUACACAUUUAGAUCGUUCCACAGCGCUGUUAACAUCAUAUUAUUCUCUAAUAGUGUAAAAAUGCAAAAGCUUUAUAUUUGUAUAUUUGCUUUUGCAUUUGUAGCUGUCACAGCGGAAAUACCUUCCUUCAUUCACGUAUGCGGUCGCAGAAACCCGAAAAUCGAUCAAUGCAUUUUGAACAACAUUGAUAAUUUGAAAAGUAAAAUCUGCAAAGGAAUACCAGAAUUAGAUGUUCCAUCAAAUGAUCCAUUUGUGAUUGACGAACUAGCUCUUACCGAUACACCUGACAUAAAAUUAUAUAUCAGAAAUGUGCAAAUAUUUGGUCUCUGUGAUUUCGAGAUAAAUGAUUUUAAUCUGAACUUUGAUAUUCUUCAUUACAAUUUUGAAAUGGUAUUUGACCAGUUACGAGCAAACACUACUUAUGACUUUAAUAUACGUUUAUUAGUUCCCGUAGCACAUCGGGGACAGCUUUACAUUACUUCAGAUAAUGUAAAAGCAAACGUAACAUUAGACUUCAAUAUAAUAACCAAAGAAGACCAAAAAUAUACGUACUUGAGAAAGAUAAAAAUAAAUCUUGACGUAAAAGGAUACGUCGCCAAAUACGAUCCGGAAGACGAGCAAGCUAAUGAUCAAUUGCAUAAAAUUAUUCGUGACUUUAUUGGGAGGAAUCAAGAAGAGAUUAUAAGCAGUCUUAAACCAGCGUUAGAAGAGACAAUUGCUAAACGAAUCAUAUUCCUAGCUAGUAACAUAGUUAAACAUUUUACUUACGACGAGCUCUUUCCCGAUCGAACAUAAAUUAAUGGAUAUUAUAAAAUCUUAUAAUCUUAUCCAUUAACGAAAGACUUAAUCUAUUUUAAUACACUAUGUUAUAAAAGCAUCAUUAAUGAUCAUCAUUAUAAGAAAAAUCUAUAGAUUAAUUUAUAAGCAGUCUUAAACCAGCGUUAGAAGAGACAGUUGCUAAACUAAUCAUAUUCCUGGCUAAUAACGUAGUUAAGCAUUUUAUUUACAACGAGCUCUUUCCUGAUCGAACAUAAAUUAAUGGAUAUUAUAAAAUUUUAUAAUUUUAUCCAUUAACGAAAGACUUAAUCUAUUUUAAUACAUUAUGUUAUUAAAGCAUCAUUAAUGAUCAUCAUUAUAAGAAAAAUCUAUAGAUUAAAUCUAUAAAUUAAAUCUAUAGAUUUUUUUUAUAAUGAUGAUCAUUAAUGAUGCUUUAAUAACAUAAUGUAUUAAAAUAGAUUAAGUCUUUCGUUAAUGGAUAAGAUUAUAAGAUUUUAUAAUAUCCAUUAAUUUAUGUUCGAUCAGGAAAGAGCUCGUUGUAAAUAAAAUGCUUAACUAUGUUAUUAGCCAGGAACAUGAUUCGUUUAGCAACUGUCUCUUCUAACGCUGGUUUAAGACUGCUUAUAGAUUAAUUUAUAGAUUUUUCUUAUAAUGAUGAUCAUUAAUGAUGCUUUUAUAACAUAAUGUAUUAAAAUAGAUUAAGUCUUUCGUUAAUGGAUAAGAUUAUAAUAUCUAUUAUAAGAAAAAUCUAUAGAUAUUUCUUCAUAACCUUCAUUUCCAAGAUAUUUAAAUCAGAAAUUUGAAAACUUGAGAUAAAGCUACAAGAACUUGAGAUAAAGGUAGCGUCUCGACAAUGUCAGUGUACAUAAUUACAAAAUAUUAACUUAAAUCUUUUUUAUGUACUUGGCGUCGCGAUGCUACCGCAUCAUUUAAUUUUGAAAAAAAAAGACAAGAUAAAAAGUGUAGAGUAACAUUAUUGCAAGGUAAAAGAAAUUAACCUCAUAGUAUCUCUUGAAAUAAAAGUUUGGCAUAAAAGAUUCGAAUUGGAAAGUUCUUGGUACGCUUUAAAAAAUUUCGGUGUUACAUUUUAAAAGUUAUUUCUCGUUUGUAACUCUCAUAAUAAACAUAUUUCACUGAUAUA